AUGGCAAUAUUGUGUGUUGAUGAUGCCUCCUUUGGCCCUGUCGUUCAGGGUUGUCGGAGUGACUUUGACUUCACCCUCAAGUUCGAAAAGAUCAUUCUAUCGAUACUGCCCUCGGCUGUGUUCAUUGGAAUUUCAGUGCCCAGGAUCAUCUUCCUCGCUCUUCACGUCAAACUUGUGGAUGGUGUCUCGUUCCAAUUUAUCAAGCUUUUCGGGAAGGUGGCAGCAGCAGUUUACACGAUUUUGCAGCUGGCUAUCCUCAUUCUUAGCUGCUCCCAGUCCUUCGAGCUGCCGUCAUUAUCAAUUACAGCAAAUGUGCUCAGCUUUAUUGCAGCAAUUUUCAUAUCCAUCUUAAGUUUUAUGGAGCAUUCUCGCUCGCCUCGCCCUUCUAUUCUACUCAGUGCGUUUCUCUCAUUGACUGUCUUGUUCGAUAUCGCUCAAGUACGAACGAUGUGGCUUUUGUACCAUGCCAUUCCUGAGAUCACAUACUUAAGACUGUUCACUGCAGCCAUAGCUGUUAAAGCAGUCUUGUUCUUGCUGGAAUCACUGCAACGACGCAUUUGGCUAAAGUGGGACUGGAGAGAACAUAGUCCUGAAGAGACUGCUGGGCUAUACGGGCUUGGUAGUUUCCUGUGGCUUGGCCCGCUUUUCAAGUUAGGUUUUCAGAAGGUGUUGAAUGUAUCCGACCUUUUCCCCAUUGACAGCAGUAUAUCUGUGGAGCGCGUGCAAGCCUCUUUUUCCCAGCAUAGCAAGGGCCAUAACUUUCAAGACGAAAGACACGGCUUGACCAAAGCCCUUGCUCGCACACUAUUCAUUCCUUUCUUGCUGCCUGUUGCUCCUCGUAUUGUCCUCAUAGGAUUCACACUUUGCCAGCCGUUUCUUAUAGAGGCCAUCUUACGAUUUCUCGAAGAAACUGACACUCGACUGACUACCAAUAAAGGCUAUGGAUUGAUUGGUGCCACCAUCCUGGUGUACACAGGAAUACCAAUCGCCACUGCUCUAUAUUGGUAUUCACAUGAACGAGCUUUAUUUAUGACCCGGGCAUGUUUGAUUUCGGCAAUAUAUCAACAGACCAUUCGAGGGCCUAUUUCUGCUUCAGAAGACUCUGCAGCUAUUACCCUAAUGAGUGCCGAUGUUGAACGGGUUCAAAUGGGUUUUAUGCAACUCCACGAAUUCUGGGCAAACCUAGUCCAAAUAGCUAUCGUCUGCUUUCUGCUUCAUCGUCAGCUUGGUGCAGCCUUUGCCGCGCCGCUAGUUGUCGUCUUCGCCUGUAUCAUCUGCUCGAGUAUUCUGAUGCGUUUGAUAGGCCCAAAACAGGCAGCUUGGAUGCAGGCUAUUCAGAAGCGAGUUGGACACACAGCAAACAUUAUUGGAAAUAUGAAGCAUUUAAAAAUAUCUGGGCUCACCAAGGCUGUUGAAAAUAGUACCCAAAGCUUGCGUAUUGAUGAGUUGAAGGCCGGUGGCAAGUUUCGGGUCUUUCUUGUGUGCUCUAUAGGGAUCGGAUUCACGCCGGUCCUUCUGGGUCCAGUCUUUGCAUUUGCACUCACGUCUCGACAACUCAAUGCCACAUCCAUCUUUACCUCACUCUCUUAUCUCCAGCUGCUCUUAUCUCCACUAUCUAUGUUAUUCCAAAUUGCCCCUCAUGUGCUUGUGGCGCUCUCAUGCCUAACAAGAAUACAGCAGUUUAUUAUGAAAGAGCUAAGAAGUGAUACCCGCCAGUUUAUCAGGCCUGAUAAAUCACCUAAAAAAGAGCAUGCAACUGAGAAGUCACCAUCUGGUGUGGAGAUCAGAAACGCAAACUUUGGAUGGAAAGAAGGGAGGUUGGCGCUAAGAAAUAUCAAUAUCUCUAUAUCUAAAGGGCUGACGAUAGUCAUCGGUCCUGUCGCCUCUGGCAAGUCAACUUUGUGCAAAGCAUUUUUGGGAGAAACUCCAAUUUCCUCUGGCGAAAUCUUGAUACGUAGCAGGUCUCGCCACGUUGGAUACUGCGACCAGCUUCCGUUCCUUCCUAAUCAAAGUAUCAGGGAAAUCAUAACAGCAUUCUCAACUUUUGAUGAGGACCGAUAUGUGAUGUCUCUUAAAGCGACAAUGCUAUCUGAAGAUCUACUUCUUUUUCCGAAGAAAGAUAAAACGAAAGUUGGUAGUGAUGGCCUUGCCCUGAGUGGUGGACAGAAAAAGCGUAUUGCCCUUGCAAGAGCAUUAUAUAUGCAAUGUGACUUGCUUGUGCUUGAUGAUGUCCUCGGUGGUUUAGACGCCAAGACCGAAGAGCAAAUAUUCUAUAAUGUGUUUGGCCCCUCGGGCUUACUUAAAGGAAGAGAGACGGUUGUUCUUCUUAGCACGCAUGCCGUCAAGUACCUUCCAUUUGCUGAUCAUAUAGUUGUACUCGGAAGUAAUGGCACAGUUGUGGAGCAAGGUCGCUUUCAUGAACUUGUCGCAAAUCAGCAAUAUGUCUUUGGUCUUGGCAUCCGAGCUGAUGUCCACCACAUUCCUAGUUCAACAGCCGUUAGACAUUCCAAAAUCGAGACCGAAGUUCAAAUUCAAGCAGAAUCACCUCUCUUUAGUGCCAAAAGCGAGGAGUCAUCCAUGGCUGAACCCCAAAUCGGUGCAUCAAACAGAGCUAUGGGCGACUUGACCGUUUUUUCACACUAUGGCCGAAAUAUCGGUGCUUUCUGGCUGACUGCAUUCCUCUUUUUAAGUAUAAUUUGCGGGUUCCUCUUCAACUUCCCUAUGAUAUGGUUAAGCUAUUGGAGCUCAGACUCUUUCAACAGACCCAGAUCUCUCUACAUUGGUAUAUAUGCCCUCUUCCAAGUCCUGGCCUUGACUGCAAUACUAGGAGAGGCACUGAUUGGCUUGAUAUUGAUUAUUCGCAACUCCGGGUUCCGUCUACAUGAGACUGCUUUGCGUACAGUUGUUUCCGCGCCGCUAAGAUUCUUUUCUCAAACUGAAACCGGAACCGUGAUCAAUUUAUUCUCCCAAGAUAUGACACUUCUCGACGGGGAGCUUCCACAGGCCUUAAUCAAUACAUCCUUGCAGACUUGGAUUACCAUAGGAGGAGCUGCAGUUGCUGCAACGCCAUCUCCAUAUAUCAUCACUACUUAUCCCUUCGUCAUCUUGAUUCUCUAUAUGGUUCAGAGAUUCUACCUUUGCACGUCCCGUCAAAUCCGACUCUUAGACUUGGAGGCCAAGAGUCCGCUCUAUACCCAUUUUCUUGAUACAAUUAAGGGUUUGGCUACUAUUAGAGCCUUUGAUUGGACGGAAAAUUUCAUUUCUGCUAAUAAUGACCUACUCGACACGUCGCAGCGCCCUGCUUAUCUACUAAGCAUGAUACAGCGAUGUCUUGCUUUUGUACUUGGCACUGUAGUGGCAGUAAUUGCAUUGCUAGUAGUUGUUCUUGCUACGCAACUUCGCCCGAGCACUGGCUUUACAGGUGCGAGUAUGGUGUCAAUCAUGAGCCUAGGUAAGACUCUGUCGAGUCUUGUGCAAAUGUAUACUUUGUUGGAAACUUCAAUAGGCGCCGUUUCUCGUUUGAAAUCUUUCAGUGAGCAAACUCUUCCAGAAGAUCUACCUGGUGAGGAUAUUCGCCCACCAGCUUUAUGGCCAGAGAAAGGCAGAAUUGAAGUCCAAAAGAUUUCUGCAUCAUACUGUGGUGCAGAGCUGGCUGCAGAUGUGGCAAAAUCGGAAAAUCUUGCUCUACGGGACCUCACAUUCACAAUCGAAGCUGGCCAGAAGGUAGCAAUUUGCGGAAGAACAGGAAGUGGUAAGUCUUCCAUCGUCCUCCUUCUUCUGCGCCUCUUAGAUCCACUUUCUAUAUGUGAAGGCGACUUGAUCAUCGAUGAAGUCUCCCUCCUGAGAAUGGAUCGCUCUACUUUGCGCGAACGUAUAAUCGCAGUACCCCAGGAUCCAACAUUUUUUCCUGAUGGCACUUCAUUCAAAAAGAACCUCGAUCCAUUCAACGAAAUCGGGGAAGAUGAGUGCCAGCAAGUGCUCGAGAUGACAGAAAUUUGGGCAUCUGUGUCUAUUCAUGGAGGUAUUAACGCCGGACUCACUGCCGACGCAUUAAGCCAAGGCCAGAAACAGCUAUUCAGUCUUGCCAGAGCGGUUUUGCGUCGGCGAGUUCGUUCUCAUCUACUGAUUGCUGAGGCUGGGGAAAAUUACUUGGAGUUAAAAUCUUCUUUAAGACAGCCGCAACGUGGUGGUGGUGUCCUAAUCCUUGACGAGGUCAGUAGUAGCACAGACCGGGAGACGCAGAAAACCAUUCAGAAGAUUAUAUCGCAGGAAUUCGAAGGUUACACUGUGAUUAUGGUUAGUCAUCUGCUUGAUGUGAUCAAAGACUUUGAUCAGGUCAUGGUUAUGGAAGAAGGUGUACUUGUGGAAAAGGGCUCGCCAUUGGAAUUGAUAAAUCAUGUAGGAUCGCGGUUCAAAGGUCUAUGGACGGCCGAGCAGGGCAAGCAUGGUUGUGACAGUGAAAUUAUAGCCCCUGACAAAGAUAGCCUCUGCUAG